GGCCGGAAGGAGGCGGCUGCGGGAGGGCGGGAGGCCGGAGCGGGCCCGGAGCUGCUGGGCCGGAGCGGCGGCGCCGCCAUGUCCGACAGCGAGAGGCUCAACCUGGACUCGAUCAUCGGGCGCCUGCUGGAAGUGCAGGGCUCACGGCCUGGAAAGAAUGUGCAGCUGACGGAGAACGAGAUCCGGGGUCUGUGCCUCAAAUCCCGGGAGAUCUUCCUGAGCCAGCCCAUUCUGCUGGAGCUGGAGGCGCCCCUCAAGAUCUGCGGGGACAUCCACGGGCAGUACUACGACCUGCUGCGGCUCUUCGAGUACGGAGGCUUUCCCCCUGAGAGCAACUACCUGUUCCUGGGCGACUACGUGGACCGGGGCAAACAGUCACUGGAGACCAUCUGCCUGCUGCUGGCCUACAAGAUCAAGUACCCCGAGAACUUCUUCCUUCUGAGGGGCAACCACGAGUGCGCCAGCAUCAACCGCAUCUACGGCUUCUACGAUGAGUGCAAGCGGCGCUACAACAUCAAGCUGUGGAAGACCUUCACCGACUGCUUCAACUGCCUGCCCAUCGCAGCCAUCGUGGACGAGAAGAUCUUCUGCUGCCAUGGAGGCUUGUCCCCCGACCUGCAGUCCAUGGAGCAGAUCCGGCGCAUCAUGCGGCCCACAGACGUGCCCGACCAGGGCCUGCUCUGCGACCUGCUGUGGUCCGACCCGGACAAGGACGUGCAGGGCUGGGGCGAGAAUGACCGCGGGGUCUCCUUUACCUUCGGGGCCGAGGUGGUGGCCAAGUUCCUGCACAAGCAUGACCUCGACCUCAUCUGCCGCGCGCACCAGGUGGUAGAGGACGGCUACGAGUUCUUUGCCAAGCGGCAGCUGGUGACCCUGUUCUCAGCUCCCAACUACUGCGGCGAGUUUGACAACGCAGGCGCCAUGAUGAGUGUGGACGAGACCCUCAUGUGCUCCUUCCAGAUCCUGAAGCCCGCAGACAAGAACAAGGGCAAGUAUGGGCAGUUCAGCGGCCUGAACCCCGGAGGCCGGCCCAUCACCCCACCACGCAACUCUGCCAAAGCCAAGAAGUAGCCUCUGCGUGCGGCCCCCGCCCCCAAUGGCCUCCAAGCACGGCCCCGCCCCCGACGAUGGAUGGAUUGUACAGGAAGUAGGCAGCCCAGGGCUGCCCACCACGGGGAGCCCGGAACCCUGGUGUAUUUUUUUUUUUUUUUUUAAUGAAUCAAUAGCAGCAUCCGAUCCCCAGGGUUCCUUUGCCUGCACCUGCAGUGGCUGCAAGCAGGGUCCUGGGGCUAAGGCUGCAGCUCAGGGCAACAGUAGGCCAGGUCACAGGGUUCCAGUUUUGCUGGGCUGCAAGGCUGGUGGUCACAUCCUGGGGCAACCUGUCUGGUCUCUUAAAUAAAGGUCGAAGCUGGAUUCUC